GCGGCCACGGUGCUGUUUAUUCGGCUGAAUAUUGUGGAACGAAGAUUGUAUUUAAAGUACUCGAGGAUAACAAUAUUAGAACAACUACAAAUGAAAUAAAACAACAUAUGGAAGUUAAUAAUCAUGAAAAUAUUGUCAAAUUUUUAGGAGUUUCUGAUAACGAUUCUGGAAAUUACAUGAUAGUAAUGCAGUAUGCAAAUGGUGGAACCUUACGAAAGUAUUUAGAAGAUAAAAUUUCCGAAAAUAAUUUUAAAAUUUUGUGGACAGAACUUAUUCAAAUUGCAGAACAAAUUAUUUUCGGGCUGCAACAUUUGCACGAUAAUAACGUUGUUCAUGGAGACUUGAACCCCAGUAAUAUUUUGGUAGUACUAAAUGAAGAUCAAUUCAAUAGAGUCGUAAUAGCAGAUUUUGGAUCAGCAACGAAACUUGACGACAGUUUAAUAUCUAUAUAUGGGAAAAGUUUUACUAUUGAAUACACUGAUCCGCAAUUUUUUAUCAAUGAAAAAAUGAUUGUUCCAACCUUUAAAUCAGACAUAUAUAGUUUAGGAAUAAUAUUAUGGGAACUUACUAGUGGAAUUCGACCUUUUCCUACAGUUGAAAAUAAGGUUUCUUUAAUUCGAACUAUUUCAAGAGGAAAACGAGAGAAAAAGAUUCGUGGCAUACCUUCAAGUUAUGUAAAAAUUUACAAGAAAUGCUGGAAAACUAAUCCGAAAAAACGUCCAGGACUAGAAAAAAUUUUACAUGAAAUUCAACAAUUACGAGAAGCAGCAACAGUCAUUAAUAAUAAACUGCAGUAA